GUAUUAGGGAAUAUCUUUGACAAUUUGUAUAAUGGUCGUCUGCUGGCGUAGUGUGAAAAUGUUAUCAUGUGGGCUCAAGUAAUAGAUAUUUAAUGAAAUAAAUUUUGCAGUGCGAUUCGUUUGAUAUUGAGGACACAUGAGGGACUAAUAUGCAAAAAUAUUGGCUGGCUACUCUUCUGUAUUCGAAACCGAUUGGCGGAGUCUGACAGAUACUGCUGGACAUGUACGUCUAUCGAGUAAUGACUGACAGAUGUCAAGGGAAGCGCGUCUUUAAAAGACCGAAAUGAGAAGCGAAUGAAGUGAUUUUUCUGAACAGAAUAUCUGUGCUACACCAUGGCGGGGCUUUUCGGUUAUGGCCGUGAAGCAAUAAGAGUGAAAGUGACGAAAUGUGAAGGAGUCAUGCCCAGGGAACACAGGAAAUUUAGUGUUGAUCCCCAAAUAACAUCAUUUGAAGUACUUCAGAGUAUCUUGGCGAAAGCAUUUGAUAUUAAAGGGGAUUUCACAGUGUGCUACAGAGCAUAUGAUGACUGUGGAGAGGAGACCUAUUUACCUUUGCUUUCUGACUGGGAUCUAGAUGCUGCAUUUAUCAGUGCUUCUGAACCAUGCUUGGUACUUCAAGUGGAUAUGAAACCAUUUGAGGAAAGUUCAGAUGAAUGGGAGACCCCUGGGUCAGCUGACACUAAUCGUGUUGCUCUCUCAGAAACAAAAUUGCAAAACAGGCUACCAGGCAUAAUAAUGAACCAAGUGGAAAGAACAUUUAAUAUGGUGCAGCGUGCUUUAAAUUUAGUUGAAGAUCAACAACCAGCAUUCCUGAACACUCCACCAAGGCCCCCAUUGACAGACGCUGAAUUUCGUAAAUUUCUUGACCCAAUAGGGCAGGUUAUCCAGACCCGUGAACUACGUACAGUCAUAUACCUUGGCGGUAUAGAACCAAGCUUGAGGAAAGUUGUUUGGAAGCAUAUACUAAAUGUUUAUCCUGAAGGAAUGUCUGGGAAGGAGAGAAUGGACUAUAUGAAGAAGAAGUCCUAUGAAUACCAGUCAUUGCGUGAUUGUUGGAAAAACAUGGUGCAGAAUGGACAGGUAACCGAUGAACUGGCUUACGUUACGAGUAUGGUUCGUAAGGAUGUGCUUAGGACUGACCGACAUCACAAAUUUUAUGCUGGUAGUGAUGAUAAUCAGAAUAUUGCCUCAUUAUUUAAUAUACUAACAACAUAUGCUCUGAAUCACCCAACUGUAAGUUACUGCCAAGGAAUGAGUGAUUUGGCAUCACCACUUCUGGUCACUAUGGGAGAUGAAGCACAUGCUUACAUAUGUUUCUGUGCUUUAAUGAGACGAUUACAGUCAAAUUUUAUGCUGGAUGGUGUGACAAUGACUUUAAAAUUUCAACACUUAGCAGAAGGACUGAUGUAUUAUGAUCCUGAAUUUUAUGCCUAUCUCAAAAUGCAUCAGGCAGAUGAUCUAUUAUUCUGUUACCGUUGGCUACUUUUGGAGAUGAAACGUGAAUUUGCAUUUGAGGAUGCUCUUCGAAUGCUGGAGGUAUUAUGGAGUUCCCUGUCACAGAUGCCCCCUGAAAAGGAAUUGCCAUUAUUUGAGAGAAGAUUCUGUGAAAAGUCUCCUGGGGAAUCACCACCACCAAUAAGUCCUCUGCUGAAGACACCUCGAGAAAACGCUUACACCAAAGUGUGUGCUCUUCGACGUCAGAGUUCAGCUGCAUCUCUGCAUACAUUUGGAAAUGGUGUACCUGCUUCCAGAAUAUGGCACAGACCUGGAUUAGCAGUUCGACAGAACCAGAGUUUGGAUGAAACUGUCAUAGGUCAACGCAACAGCAAAGUUAAGCAUCAGGGUCAAGUGAAACUUUUUGCUAGUCUCGAUGACAGCAAUUUACAGUUAACAAAAGCCAAUAAAUCCCAUUCUACAUCUCCAAAUGAAGCUCUUUCUGAAUCAGAAAAUGAUCAUGUGAACAACAGAAUAAACAACAGACUCUUGGAAAGAACAAAUGAAGUUUUAUCUGGCAGCACGGGAAACUUACUUUCUCCCCAAAUGAAUGAGAAAAAAAGUUACAUAAAUGACAAGAAACAGAAAUUGUUGGGAGAUAAAAUUAUUUUCUCAUCCUUUGAAAAAAUCAACACAAGUCCUUCAAAAGAUGAAAUUGACAGAGCAUCUGGUAAAAGGAUUGUGAAAAAUCUGAAUGAAUUUUUAAGCUUUGCAUCACUUAGCAAAAAUCGGAGUCAUCCAGAAAAAGUUCCUGAUGUUAAACAGUCAAAGUUAGUAUGUCACAGUCUUCAGGAAAUCUCACCAGAAGGUAAAGAAGCUAGGAAUCAUGUAUCAAGUAAUGACAUAUCACACUUUACUACUAGAGAAGUGGAAGAACUUACAGAUACCGAUGAAUUGUUGAAACAUGAAGGACUACCAGCUCAGGUAAAUGGCCUAAAUAGUGAUACAUUUUGUGAAAGUAGUUCUCCAGAUGAUUCAACAGAGUACUUCCCAAUGACAACAUCAAUGACACGAGAACUAAGACUAGAACUUGAGAAUUUGGACCGCCAGGUCUUUGGGUCUACUUAUAAUCACUGUGCAUUGAAUUUAGAAGAUUCUGAAGACUUGGAGUCUCCUUGCAGUGAGUCUUUCAGAUCAAUUGAAGCAAAAGUGGGAGGAGAAGAACUCGAUCAAAGAUGUGACUGUGUAGUAUCAAAGCAAGAAUCAGAACUUCCAAGUGAUGACACAACUACUGAAGUUGCUGAAAUAUGCAGUAUUCCUGCUACUCCAGCUUUGAAACUGGAUCUUGAUAUUCGUUCAAAAGUCAGUUCUAUAGUAACACCUACAUUGUGUGAAAAUAGAAAAACAGUUGAUAUUGAGUGUGCAAUACAUAAUCUGGACAUUUCUUCAACAAAAAGCCAUCAUUUCUCACAAGCAUGUAGUCCAACAAUGGGAACUGGGGAGGAAAUCUUUGUCUGGGAGAACCCUCUUCAGUGUCCUACCACACCAGAUGAGCAGGCAGACUUGGAAUUUGAUGGUGUGGUUGUUAAUGCAAAUGACUCUGAUACCUAUUUUUCAUCUGUAAGUGCUGGUGAAAUUUUUGAGAAUGAAGGACAGUGUAUUAAAUCAAUAACACCAAUAAGACUACUACGUAAUAGCUCUAGUCCUUUGAAUUAUCAGAAAAAAGAGGAAACACAAUCGGAUGAUGCAAGUGAUAGUUCAGAUGGUUGGGUAGGUUCUGCAAACAGCACAUCUCAUCGCCAGCAGCAAAAAUCGUUGUGUACUGACCUAAGACUUACAGAUAGAGUUUCUGAAUCAGAACGACAAAAUUUGGAAAUAGUUCCAGAAUCCAAAGAAAAGGGAAGUAGGGAAUCAUUCCUACCUGCACCUAAUUCAACAACAAAUUCUCUUGCAGAAUCACAGGAACAGUCCAGUCUUACAGCACACAAGAACUCCUCCAAUUCUACAUGUGUUAACAGUUCGUCUGUGCUACCCACUGUAAGCAACUUAACAAAACAAAGUUGUCCAGUCACCAAACAAGCACAAUUUGUUGGAUCACAGUUACCUCCUCCACAUAAAUUUGGUGAUGGUAAUCCGUUCUUAAUGUUUCUCUGUCUCACUGUCCUCCAACAACACCGUGAUUUUAUAAUACGUAGUGCUAUGGACUAUAAUGAAAUGGCCAUGCAUUUUGAUAAAAUGGUAAGAAAACAUAAUGUUACAAGAGUUCUAAACCACGCAAGACAAAUGUAUGCUGCAUAUCUUAGACAGCAAGCUACUCUCAACAAUAAUGCUGAUAGUGGAGUUGAUUUAAAUGUGUAAAAAGAUUAUUGUUAUUGUGUGUGAUUGGGGGUGGGGAUGGGGGGGGGGGAGGUUUAGUUUAUUUAUUAUUUAGUUUGCCGUACCCUGCUUGUAUGGCAUGUUAAAGUAUUUUUUGUCUUAUUACUAUAGCCUGCUCCCUCUUUUGUGUCUUUCUAAAUGGAUUUUGGCCUGAGUGAUAAUGUAGUGAGCUGCCAUUUGCAAAAACCAUUACACAUUUGAAUUCAAAUACAAAAUAAGAUUACCAUUACAAAGUUGCCUUUAUGAGUAAAACUGACAUGAAAUUAACUACACAUUAAUGCCAUUCUCACUGUGGCUAUCAGCAGUAAGAAUACCUGCUUCUACUACUUCAGACAUUUUUAAAUUCAUGUGUAACAAUUUUCAGUGUCUCCAAUACAUAAUAACCACACGCACAGUGUAGCAUGAAAGAAAGAAAAUCUAAAUUUUAACAUAAAAUAGGUGAAAGAAGACUAACACCAAUGUAAAUAGAAAAUUAAUUUAUUGUUAGCAAGAUUUAUAUCAAGUUUUUAACUAUAUAUUAAGAACUCUCAGCAAAAUGAUGAUGAUCUUUGAAGCAUAAAUGCAUAUUCAAAAAGUAUAAAAAAUGAUAAUGUGAAGCAUAUUGUGAAAUAAUUGCAAGCCAUUAAUGUAAUACUUCACAAUUUGCAGAAAACAAUUUACAAACCUAGUUUCAUUUCCUUCCAUGAAAAAUAAAUAACACUUACUGUUUUAAUUAUCUACUUACCUUGUAUUCUGUCAUAUCAUAGGAUCUGGUAAUGAUCUGAUGAAACUUGCUGCCAAUUUUUUCCGCUUCUCUCUGUCAAAAAAUUAUGAUAUAAAAAGGUGACAAUAUUGUAGAAAUCUUUGAGCAUCAUACUAUUAUAGCUUUUGUAAUACGUGGCUGGGAUUUGUAUAUAUAAGAAUUGUACUUAAAACAUAAUUGUAAGUUACUUUAUUUAUGUAUAUGCUCCGUAAGCACAUUUAAAGAGGCGUUAUAGAUGAAAGUGAAAGAAAUGUAAGCGUCCUACAUUUCUAAUGUAAUAAAUAAUUAUUUAUGUGGGACUUGUGUUAACAGUUAAAAUUUGUUAUCAUAAAUGGUACACAUUUAUUUGAUUUAUUUGUGUAAAUCUACAUUUAUUGACUUCUAUAAUUUAUGUUGAACUACUGUAUAUAUUUGAUAGUAAUGUCCUUUAAAUGCAUUUUUCUCUCUGUAGCUCAAAAAAUAAUUUCAGGCAGUGGCAAUAAAUUAACCUUAUUCUUCUUGACAGGUUCCUUCUCGGAAGAUGCUAGUGGUGAGAAAGUGUGUGCACAUGAAUUGAUCAUAUGACUCACUUCGUUUUGCUUAAUGAGUUAAAAUAUUUGGCAUUCCAAGUACUGAUGAUUUGAAUCCACCUACAAUAUAUUUUUAUAAUGAACAGUUGUGUAUUAACUUUAUUAUCUCCAUAGUAUGAUGCACAUUUUCUUGCACUGUGUUUAUACCUAGAGACCAUGUGAACUUCUCACAACAAAGCUGCCCCUCCUUUUUUGAAAGUGAUACUGAUUAGCAUUGCUCUUGCACCUUAUAACCACACUUUCUCUAAGAUGUGGUCACAAAAUUAUUUUGUGGACAGAGAUCAAACAUACCACAGCCUGUCAAUCAUGAACCACAGUGUUCUGCGGAGGCUGUAUCCUGUGUCAGGUGAUGAGUUGAGUUUUUAAGUAAGUAUGCAAUUUAUACACAGUGGGCAUGUGUUGUUGUUAUAGCAACAUUGUUGUGUAGACUUUACAGACAUUGCACAGAUAUGCACUGAAGUCCACCUAUAGGACAUAUCAUUGGGAAACAAUAGUUUAAAGUACUCCUUUGGGGUAUUGAGUUUUGUUGCCAAGGAUGGUUAAGACUGAAGCUGACAAGGUGUUACCAAGAGAAUUGCUUAGACAAUUUACAGGUAACUUGUAAGACUAAAAGAUUGAGGAAUCUCUUCUUCUAUUAACCAUAUUUUAUUUUUUCCAGUUACAUGGAGUAUGCUAACUUUUGGGUUGUCAAAUGCAAAACCUUUGCCUUCUGAAUCUUGAAAGCUUUAAUUUUCUACAAGAGGUCUUGAUACCCUACCAAAUGGGAGCAUUCCAGUUAUAUAACAAAACAUUAUGAAAUCAAAAGCAGGGCAGGUAAAAGUAGGCCAUAAGAAAAAUAAUCUCAGAAAGUAAAGGAAAGACUGUGAGACUGCGUCACAAAAGACUGUGUGGAAGUGAGAAGGGUAGAGGGGACUGUCCUCACACUACAGAGUAUUGAAUCUGUAAAAUAUAUAUGUAUAUCCAUGUCAUUUGCUCUUUCCUUCUUCUCCUAUAAUGUUUCUAAUCUUUCAUCUUUUCACCAUAUCUCUUUCCUUCUUCAGAUCGGGGUGGGGAUGGGGAAGGGGGGGGGGGGGAGAGAGAGAGAGAGAGAGAGAGAGAGAGAGAGAGAGAGAGAGAGAGAGAGAGAGAGAGAGAUUGACAUGCAGCUAGAGAAUGUCUUUGCAUAUCAAAGCUGGGCAUCAGUAACCUGAGUUGACUGCAACAUACGACACUUCAUUCUUUUUCCAGAAUCUUUAUUUCCUAAUUUGUGACUUUACCUCACAUCCCUUUAAGUUUUAGCUUGCUGUGUACCACAUGACAAUUUGUUUCUUCUCAUUUGCUCUUUCCUUCUUCUCCUGUAAUGUUUUUAAUCAUUCAUCUUUUCAGCAUAUCUCUGUUUCUUUCUUCAGAAUACUAAAUUUAACACUUUUCUUCUAAAAUAUCUCGUUUCUUGCUUCUUCUAUGUUACAUGAACUUAAAACUGUUUGAUGCCUCAGAUCCAGCUUUUUGUCCAUUUAUUUUCCCAGAAAUAUGUGAAAAGCUCUUUUGUCAGCCUAUUGUCAUCCAUGCUGUAUGGAUGUCAAAGAUAUUUAUCAGUCUUUUUGUCCUUAUUGUUUCUGUUUUUAUAUGUGUAUAUUGGUUGAUUCUUAAUUCCCAAUCUUCUUUACUUUUUACUGGACUUAAAAUUGUCCUCAUUCUUCUCUCUAAUAUUUCUAAUUUACAAUUCAGUUCUAAGCAUUCAUUUGCAAAGAGACUUUCUGGUUUCACUGACAUCAUGCAACACAUUUUUUCCAUUUAUUGACAUCCACUUUUUUUGUAAAUAUUUUUUGUUAUUCCAUAUGUGAUUUCCACUUUGUAUAUCCUUUCACUGAUGGCAGAUUUUUUCCUUGAAUUCUUUCUCCUAGAUACUUGAAUGAACAAUUUGACUUUGUUUGUUGUAUCAAUGUCUGUCUCUAACAAUUUGUAUGUAUUUUUUAUGUUUGUGAUAAAUUUGGUUUUCUCUGUAGAGAUUCUUAAACAUUCUAUAAUGUUUCUCUUCCAAGAGUGACACCGAUUUCCACAUAUACUAGAUUUUUAGACACUACAAGAAAAUUAUCUUCAAAUGCAGGUAGUUUACUUCAAUACACUGUUUCUUUUGUUCCUGUUUUACUGAUGCUAUGGUAGGGCAUCAAUUAUCUGAAACAAUUGGGCGUGAGAGUAGGGGUAAAAGGUGGUGUGGAUAACUAAUUUUUUGGUAACCAAUCAUUUACUGUACCAGUGUUCAUAGUGAUAUGAAACACAGGAAUACUCUGGAUGUCUAAUUCUCCAACUUCAUGCUUAGAUCUGAAAUGCGUAAGCCAGCCAGCAAUGUUGUCCCUGUAUUUGCUGUUCGUUUCAAGAAUUUGUAGGCAAAUCAAAUGGCCAUUUUUUGCUUGUCUUUGGCUAUGUACCUGCAUGAGCUAUGUGUAAACUGCAGUGUCUAAAUCCUGGUUUCUUGUCAUUUUCUAUGUUUUCUGUGCAAUCUUCCAUCUUCACUUGUAAGUACACUUGCAAAUUUUGUUGCAGCAUCAUUUUUAUUUUACAUCUGAUACUGUUGCAUUUCCAACUCCCAUAUUCCUGAGAUAAAAUUGAUUCACUAGCACAUUUCUUAAACUGGUCUAUUAUUGUUUCAUAAAAUUUUGGGCAAACAUCGUCCUGUAACUCGCUACCAUGAUAUUUCAGUGCAAAAUCUACUGGCCAUCUUCGGGUGUAUACAGGCAGAAUUAUGAGAUACAUCAAGACUAAUACAUUUUCAUUUAGCACUAUUGAAAAUGACACAACAUCACAAUCUGUUACAAGUAAAAGUUCACAUAUCAACAUGGAACAGCAAUAGCGGCAGUUUGCAGGCAAGGGUAAACUGCGGAAUUGGCCUCCCUAGUGCCAGAGAAAUUUCUGUUCUGUGCAAGUGAAAAAUUUUUAUUUGUUGACCUGAAUGUUGUUGGGUAGCCAAUCUUUUCAUUGACUGGUGUUCAUAUAACGUAUGCUCUAUAGUACUUCAUAUUUUUUAACUUUUCACUAAAAAUUCAAUUUUUUUCUAAUACAUAGUUGAAGAGAUUGGAGGGAAGCCAUCACACUGCCUUACAUUUAUAUUUACUUUAAAGUACUUUGAAAUUUCACCCAUGAACUUUAAUUUUGAGACUGUGUCUGUAAUGUUUAAAGGACUAGAUUUGUUAGUAGUUUAGUAUUAACAUCAAAUUCUGAGAUUAUUUUGUUCAAUAGCCUGUGACAGGUCAAAAAUUUUGAAUUGAAUACCUGUUCUGAGCAGAAGCAGCGUUUUAGGCUAGGAGAAAGAUUUCUCUGUAGUUAUUGGCAUAUUUUUGUCAUCUUUCUUAUGUGGAGAUGCUUUAUAUCAACAAUACAACAGUCUACCUAGUUCUUGUUAAAUCUGUUUAUUACACAUCACCAACUCGACUCAUCUGCAAAUGGCCAUAGGACGACACUGCUCAAUGUUGUCACAUAUUGACAUGAAACAAUGAAGGCAUAUUGUAUAAUAAAAUAAUAAAAAUUGACAGCCAUGGUGCCCUGUAUUUUUUAAGUUUUGUCAUUCAGUCAGAAGUUACAUUAAGGCUGUGAACCCACAUGUGAAGUCAUUUGCAGAUCUUUGAUAAUCUUUUUCAGAAUUUUAAUAGUUUCUGCAAUUUUUUCAGUGGUUCUAGAUUCUCACUGAAGUCUGAUAAUUUUAAUUUAUGUCUUCACAAUUUUUAUCAUCUGUUAAGACAACAAUAAAUCUUUCAUUCCUGAAGCUAAUACUUGGUAGGCCAUUAAUUUGUUAUUGAAGGUGUGAUGAGAAUCUCUGAAAUUAUUUGUUGUGAAAUUUUCUUGCAUUUGAGUACAUUGUGAUAUUCCGGUUGAUCUUUUGAUUCUCUUUAUUAUCCUAGAAGUAUGUUUUCCUUUGCUGUGACUUGGUUUAUGCUGAUGCUUAUUUCUGCUUUCUACCACUCUAUUCCUGGAAUUCAUUAGGACUGCUGGUGAGUUUUAAAAAUAUCAAAAAUAUUGAAAAUUGUUUAAAAUAAAAUGUGUUUUUUUAUUUACUUGUGCUAAUGUACAAAUAAACAGGCAAAGUGCAGGUUGUAACAGUUAUACUCAUGAAAAAUAAUACUCUGGUACUUUUGUGUACCUCCUUUUUCACAGCUAUAGCCAAAGAACUCGGUAGAAUUCUUUGUUCAUUUUAGUAAGUUAAUGUUCAUAGGUUUUUGGAAUUAAAACAUGCAAAUUCAAUAAUAAUUUAAUUGACAUCCUUGCUUAAAAUGGUAUAGGGAGGAAUAUGAACAGAAAUAAAUUAUAUGUAUCAAAGCUGCAAUUGUUUUAUUGCUGUUGUAUAAGCAACAGGUUUGAUUGUUUAGUAACAUACACUACAGGGUGUACUAGAACAGAUCUGAGUAGUCUUGUCAGGAGUGGUGACCAUUCGGGAGAGAAAGAAUUACUUACGCAUCUUUAUGUAAGUCCUAUUUACUCAGUCUGUGCUAAUGUAUGGCUAUGGGUUAUUGUUAGACUCAGAGAGAAAAUUCACACAAAUUUGUACUUGAGGUAGAUACGACUUUUCUUUCAGAUGUUCUGUGUAAAGCAUUUGAUAUUUUCAUCAUGCCCUUCCCAUAUUUUCUUUGUAUGCCACCUUCUUUUACCCCUUAACACUGUUUUAUCUCUGAGUAUUGGUGGUAUUUUAUUCUCAUUUAAAUUACAAUCACACUUCUGUGAGAAAAAUCACAGAAGUUAAGGUAGCUGGAGACAAUAGAUUACAUAAGAAUCUUUUGAACAGACAGUGUGUUUCCAGUUGUCCAAUGGGAUUGAUUAUUCUGUUUUUACGAAUAAUAGUUAAAUAACUUAUUGCCUGUGCCAGGUGCUGCAAGUAUUGAUUUUAAAUGGUGUUAUGUGCAUUCAUUACAUAGGCUCAGUCUGGCUGUUGCCCAGGUAGUGAGCACAGAGCACAUGUUAAACCUUCCAUUGAAGGGUAUCAGCACUCACAGUUUUGAAAACAAGCUAGUUAUCAAAACACUGUGCAUAAAAGUAGAAAUGUCAACCUGCAUGGUGGCAGGAAAAAAAAAAUCUGUCAAUCACUCUUUAAAAGCCCCUAAAAUAAUAUCUUUUACAUACCUUUCAUUAUUUACUAAAUACUGCCCAACUCUUAUGAAAUUGAGUCAUCUAUUGGUUUUCUCUUGGUUAAAUAACGUGGCACAUUCUUUUAGACACUCUGUAUGAAGUUACUCUGAAGUAUUUAAUGAUUGUAAAUAAAAUCUCUAAUGCAUCAUGAUUGCCGUUACGAGUAUUGAAGCUUAUUUUGGUUUAACUGUAGAACUCUUGUUUUUUGCUGUGUUCAGCCAGAGCCCCAUUUUAUUUGAUGCAAUAAUCUUAUCAAAGCCAGUUUAGGUAUGGGGCCUAGUUUUACAGAAAACAUUUUACGAAAGUUGUCGCCAUGUCACUUGCUAACAAAUAGUUACCACUAUGGAGAUUCAAAGUAUGAGAUACAUUCCAAGAGUAAAUUCCAAUUGUUUAUGAAGAAUACAGUCCAUCCAGUUUUGUGAUGUGAAGAUAGUUAAUUCUCUCUCUCUCUCUCUCUCUCUCUCUCUCUCUCUCUCUCUCUCUCUCUCUCUCUCUCUCUCUCUCUCUCCCCCCUCUCCCUCCCCCUCCCCCCCCUCCCUCCCUAACAACCCCUUUCCCUCUCCUUCCAUCUCUUGCCCUCUUCCACUCACUCUUCACCUACCUUUCUAUUCUUCCUUUCUCUCCCCUUCUUUUCCCCACUCGCACAUGUUUAGUAAUUCUCUCAGACCAAAUACCAUGUCAUCAUGAAUGUUCCUAAAUCCUCACCAACAAUGCCUCACUAAGUCAUAUCACCCAACAAUACUCACUGCCUCACAAAAUAAAUUCGUAUCAUGUUUGAGACAGAUUAGUUGAAGUGGAUUAAUAUUUGCUGUAUUACUGUAUUACCAAUUUUGAAAAUAACCCUUACAGUUAAGUGGUUCCUAAAUUUGAAAUAUGCUUUCAUAUUUGUGAAAACCAUGAACAGAGUACAUGUAUCACUAAUGUAAUAUGGUGCCGAGUGUGUGUUACAUUCACUAAAAACCAACAAAUAAUAAGCUUACUGCACUAUCUUCAGAUAUACCUCAGUUUAUUACAGAGUUAUUGUCACUUUUUCCACUACAUAUUGUCCAAUUAUGUAUCACCUUAAGUGGCAAUUAACAGGAACACACUAAACACUUGCUGAAAACUAUGGACUUCUUUUUGACAUAUGAGUUUCAUAUUAUUGGUUAUAGAGCCAAUUCUAGUGUGUCACAACAUAUGAGAUUUAUUUUUGAGAAAUAGAUCAAAUGGAUAGUGAUAACACACACAACAUUCUCUUUGUCAGUAUCAUGUCUGCAUGCAAACUAACUGUACAAAUGAAUCUAAGUUUUCAGCCUGCAAUAGUGAGGACAUUGAAGUAAAUGUGUUUGUGCACCUUGUUCUCAUAAGCAUGGUAUUACAAAUCAUUCUCUUCCUAAGAAAAAUGUUAUUCGGAAACCUUCUGAGCUAUAUUAAAAUUUAUGCUUUUCCACUGACUUGUCAUCUUCCAAUAUAUAUUUAGUAACAGCCUCACUCAAGUUUGUAAUGUAGCCUAAAAAUGGAAACCAACAGGCAUACAGUUUGUGUUUUUACUUGUGAAAAUUGACUUAGAAGUCAGGUAUGGAGAACAUGAAGCAUAUCAUAAAUUCAACCAGUUUGCAGUAAUUUGCUUUCAGUACUGAGAUGGUAUUCAUUCAUUCAUGAUGUUCUGCAGUCCCCAUCAAAGAAGAAACAUGCCAGCAUAUGGAAUAAGUCAAGACAUACAUCAACAAAGUGAAGCAGUUGUUAUAAACUGCAUUAAUUAUUACUAACAAAACUUUGACUUAUCUGUGAUCUAUUUCAGCUUACUCAAGCUAAAUUUAACACAGUAAAACUAACAGGAAAUAUACUGUUACUUUGAAAGGAAACUAAAAUAAACUGCUGCUUCCUCAGUUACAUUAAAUUCCUGCAAAUGCAGUAACUUAAAUGAAGGCAUGCUGUAAUUGAUUUUUUUGGAAUUCAUAUUAAUCAAAUAGCCAGUUUCUCUGUUCUGCUUUUUAACACUGCACAAAAUGGCACCAGUGUUCUUGAUGGCACAGUGAAUCACCUUCAUGUCCUAUUAAGAAAUGUGUAUAUGUUUAUUUUACAGAGCUUUUAAGAUAAUUUAAACUGUUCAUAACUAAGUAUUUCAGGGAAAAAAUUUUGGAACUCUUGUGAAAGCUAUAGGCAGGAGUUCGCCAAAUAUGUGUAUAACUCCAGUAUAAUUAUCAUCUGUAUUUCUUUAAAAUUGAUCUCAAAACCAAAGCUUACUUUUUUUUCACUAUGUCAUUUUUGUAAAUUUGAUCUGUUUUGAAAGUAAUGAUGUUUAUUAUUUUAGAUGAGCAGACUGUUGAUUGUUUGGCACUAUUUAUUGCCAAUAUUAUUGUGAUUAUUGUUACUGUGUAUAGAGAAUUUCUCAUUGUCUUUUUCUGUGUUUUAAAAUUAUGACCUUAAAACUGAUCUGAAAACUGUGCAGACACACAUCAUGACUAUCCAACCCAAGAAAUAAACUUAAUUUAUUACCUUGGAUGAUAUACUGAAAAAAUAAUUUAAUGCUUUCUUUUCAAAGAAUCAUGUAGUAAUUUUUUUAGUCAGUGAAAAACCAAAGAAUACCAUUGAAAUAAAGCCACAAAAUUUAUGAUUUUGGUGUGAAAAGAUAAAAUAUAUGUUGUGUGUAUUUUGUUUAUAAAGUUUACUGAAUUUGAAUUUAUUUGGUGUUGUUAUACUAAAAAUUGAGAGCUGUCACAUUUGUGAGGAAAAAAGACUGUUUUGAAAUUAAAACUGGUAAAUAAACUGUAAAAAGUAUCUUUUGAAUAAUACAAUAGUUGUGGCACU